AUGACUGAAAAUUCAUUAAAUAAUAUCGUUAAAGAAGAUAAAUCAGUUUUUAAAAGUCAACCCCCGGUUGUAAAUCAACCAAAAAAGAAUUAUUAUAAAAAUGGUAGUAAUAAAGCUAAAAAGUCUUAUGAUCAUAGAAAUAAUAUUGAUUCAGAUAUAAACCUAACAAAUGAAUUAAAAUAUGGUAAAAAGAAUAAAAAGAAUCAAAUUUCAAUCAAUCAUUUAUUAGAUUUUAAAUCUUACCAAGAUGAGCAUGAGCAUAAUAGACAACAAUUUAAGCCAAGAAGAGGAAGUCAUAAUAAAAGACCAACUACUCCGAAAUUAAAUCUUACUGGUAUGAAAUUCAUAAAUGUAAAUUACAAGUUUGUUGUCGAUUACCGAAAAAGUUAUAAAAUUCAGGAAUUUGAUUCAAAUAUUCCACUUAAUUUAGAAGAUAUAAUUAGAAUCAUAGUUCCUAUAGGUCAAUCAUGUCCUAUUUGUUUGUCUGUUGAUUUAAUUGCUCCUAGAAUGAUUACUUCAUGUGGUCAUAUAAUUUGCUUAAAGUGUGUUUUAUCAUUAUUGGAUACUGAAUUACCAAAGAAUAAGAAAGUAGAAGCUCCUGCUAUUAUUGAAAAGUAUAAAGAGUGUCCCUUGUGUAAUUCAAUAAUUCGUAAACAUGAAUUAAAACCGGUGUUUAUUAAUGAAAUUGACGAAAGAUUUGAUAUACCUCAAACUAAUCAUCAAGUGGUGUUGAAAUUAAUGUUUAGAUCAAAUUCAUCUAUUGCAUUACCUAAACAACUUGCAUUUUCAAAGAGUAUCCCAAAUAUAGACCAAGAAGAAUUUAUACCAUAUUUAAGAAUAUUCAAAGGUGAUUUGAAUUAUAUUUUAAGCAUGUAUGAGUCUGAAAAACAACAAAUUUUGGCUCAGUUUAAUGAAGAGAAAGAAGUAUAUGGUGAUGAUAUGAAACUAGUAAAUGAUGCAAUCGAAUACAUUGAUAAGGAAACUAAAAGCUGGAUAGAUACAUUAAAUUCUGAUGUAAAAGAAGAGACAGUAAGUAAUGAGGAGUUAACUGCUUCUACUUUUUAUUUUUAUCAAACUGGUUUCGGUGCUGGUUAUUAUGUUUUGUCACCUUUUGAUAUGAAAAUUUUAAAAAGUACAUAUAAUGAAUAUUCAAAUCUACCAUCUACAAUCAUUGCCAAAAUUGAGUCAAUCAAAUAUGAAGAAUUAAAUUUGGAACUAAUUAAAAAAUACAAAUAUCUAUCUCAUUUACCAAUGGGUACUCAAAUUGGAUUCCUUGAAUGUAAUUGGUCAAAUAAUGAAUUUAUAAAUAAAAAUACCUGGCAGUUAUAUAAAGAUGAUUUGAUCAAACGUAGUCAAAAAUCAAAUAAGAAGUUUAAACGUGAGGAAAGAAAUAAAAAACGUGCAAUGUCACAAGAAGAAUUCAAAACAAGACAAUUUUAUAAACAGGAAAAUGGAGAAUUAGACGACGAUGUUCUGUUUUAUGGUAAAAUGGGAAGUUUAUCAAUCAUAGAUAAUAGGGAAUUAUUACCUUCCUUAUCUGAUUCAAAAACUGAUCAUUAUCAUACUACUGAAGAUGAAUCAAUUGAAUAUCAAAGAACAGUAUGGGGUACAAAAAUUCCAAAAGGUGAACCACAACCUAUUAUUGAUAGUGAUGAUAAUAAUGAAUGGAUUAAUGAAGAAAUGAUUAAAAAGGCAAAAGAAGAAAUGACGAAACAAGAAGAAGAAUCAAAUGGUAAUAAAAAGAAAAAGAAGAAGAAGAAAUUAAUACUUUUAUCAAGUUGA